GCGGAAGCGCCCGCUUAGGGCACUGCAACCAGCUGUCCCGAUCCUCCCUUCCUCGGCCGGUACCGUCAGUGCCCAGCCGCGCCAGACCCCGCGGGUCAGUGUCAUGUGACUUCUGUCUCUGACCACGAGCCAGAGCCUGCGUCCUCCAGGGUCUCUUGUGACAGGCCCGUCUGUGCUGUGCGCCAUGGUGGCACUGUGGGCCCUCGCUCUGGCCUUUGCCAUAUGCCUGGCCACUGCUGGCCCACCUAACAUCAUGCUGAUCUUUGCUGAUGACCUGGGAUAUGGGGACCUGGGCUCCUACGGGCAUCCUAGCUCCACCACCCCCAACCUGGACCAGCUGGCCGCAGGGGGGCUUCGCUUCACCGACUUCUACGUGCCCGUGUCUCUAUGCACACCCUCCCGGGCUGCCCUCCUCACUGGCCGACUCCCAGUUCGGAUGGGCCUGUACCCUGGAGUUCUGGAGCCCAGCUCCCGAGGGGGCCUGCCUCUGGAGGAGGUGACCCUGGCUGAGGUCCUGGCUGCCCGAGGCUACCUCACAGGGAUAGCUGGCAAGUGGCACCUUGGGGUGGGGCCUGAGGGGGCCUUUCUGCCCCCCCAUCAGGGAUUCCAUCGAUUCCUGGGCAUCCCAUACUCCCAUGACCAGGGCCCUUGCCAGAACCUGACCUGCUUUCCGCCGUCUACCCCCUGUGAUGGCAGCUGUGACCAGGGCCUGGUCCCUAUCCCGCUGUUGGCCAACCUGUCCGUGGAGGCACAGCCCCCCUGGCUGCCUGGACUUGAGGCCCGCUAUGUGGCUUUUGCCCGUGACCUCAUGGCUGAUGCCCAGCGCCAGGGCCGGCCGUUUUUCCUAUACUACGCCUCUCAUCACACCCACUACCCCCAGUUCAGUGGGCAGAGCUUCUCAGGGCGCUCAGGCCGAGGGCCAUUCGGGGACUCCCUGAUGGAGCUGGAUGCAGCAGUGGGGGCUCUGAUGACAGCGGUGGGGGACCUGGGACUGCUCGGAGAGACGCUGGUCAUCUUCACUGCAGAUAACGGGCCUGAGACAAUGAGAAUGUCCCAUGGCGGCUGCUCUGGCCUCCUUCGCUGCGGAAAGGGGACCACCUUUGAGGGGGGCGUCCGAGAGCCUGCCUUGGCCUUCUGGCCGGGCCACAUCGCUCCCGGUGUGACCCAUGAGCUGGCCAGCUCCUUGGACCUGCUGCCAACCCUGGCAGCCCUGGCCGGGGCCCCUCUGCCCAAUGUCACCUUGGAUGGUGUUGACCUCAGCCCCCUGCUACUGGGCACAGGCAAGAGCCCCCGGCAGUCUCUCUUCUUCUACUCGGUGUAUCCAGAUGAGAUCCACGGGGUCUUCGCUGUGCGGAGUGGGAAGUACAAAGCUCACUUCUUCACCCAGGGUUCCCCCCACAGUGACACCACUGCGGACCCUGCCUGCCACGCCUCGAGCCCUCUAACUGCCCAUGAGCCCCCACUGCUCUUCGACCUGUCUGAGGACCCUGGUGAGAACUACAACCUUCUGGGAGGUGCAGCUGAAGUCGCGCCUGAGGCGCUGCAGGCACUAAAGGAGCUUCAGCUGCUCAAGGCCCAGUUCGAUGCUGCUGUGACCUUCAGCCCCAGCCAAAUGGCCCGGGGUGAGGACCCUGCCCUGCAGAUCUGCUGUCAGCCUGGUUGUACCCCCCUGCCAUCCUGCUGCCACUGCCCAGAGCCCCAGCCCUGACUGCACUGCUGCAUGCCAGCCCAGGGACCCCUUGCCCCAACUGGGCACUUGGUCCCUUGCUGUGGUGGGGGUGUGUGGAGGCGGCUUGCACCUGAUGAUGCUAAUAAUACCAGCCGGUACUUACAGGUGUGCUAAUUCCACUAAUCCUUGUGAAAACCCCGAGGUAGGUGCUGUUCUGAGUGUGUGAAAAUGAGGAAACUGAGGCACAGAAAGAUCCAGCAACUUGUCUGAGGUCACUCAGCCAGUAAGAGGUUGGGCUGAGAGAGUCCAAGUUCCUGGCUCCGGGAGCCGCCCACAGCCUUUGUGACUGUGUGUGUUAGUGCAUGCAAGCUGGGGUCCUGAGAGUGAGCAUCCCUUCACGCAGAGCCGUGCUAAGUGCUUUUGUGUGCCGGGAACAGGGUGGGGUGGGUGUGGGUGUGGCAGACAGAAGGCCCCAAAGUUGGCGCGCCCCCGUGAGCCCCAGGUGUCCCCUGGAGGAGGCACACCCGAAGGCUCCAGAACUAGACCAGGGGCUCUUACAGAAACCUCUCUGAAGGCGGGUGAUGAGUUGCACAUUCCAGAAGCGGAUAAGGGGAGAUAAACCCCUGAGGUGGCCUCGGAGCCUGCCCCUGCCCCUUCCAGAGCCCUGCAUUCUCCACUCUCCCACAUGUUUCCAGUCUCCGGCUUCUCCUUUGACUUCCUACGAGCAUUCUCCACCUGGCAGACAAAGGCAGACAUCAGGUUUGGUUCCCACUCAAAACUCUGCAGACUUCCCGUCAUGCUCAGAAUCAAAUUCAAACUCCUUAGAGUGGUCCUGUGCCCUCUGAGGCCUGCCCUACCCCCCACCCAGGACCCCUCAGCCCUUAGCCCUGGCAUGCUGGCCUGGCUGUCCCCUGGUGAGGCCAGCAGAGAGGACUCACAUAGCAGUGUGUAGCCCGUGCAGAGUCACCCCGUGUGUGUGCCGAUGUCAGGUCCCUGUGUGUCCCCAGAGCUGCCCUGUAGCCUGCGUGUCCCAUCAGGGUUGGCUCAAAGAGAAGAGCGUUGUCUGGGUGCUCAGAGCUCACAAGGCAGCUCUCCCCUUCCCCGAAGGACCCCCACUGUUUCAAUGCUGGUCAGAGGCCCAUUGCCUAGGAGGCAUAGCCUCUCCCUGACCCAGUCUGAGCCAGUCACAAUCCAGUCCGGUGAGUGGUCCAGGAAUGGCAUGUAACUAAGAGUCCCGGUCAGUGAAAGGUCAGGGCCAAUCCACCAGGAUCCCUGGGUCCCCUCCAGCAUUCUUCCUCUGGGGACAGUAAGGACGGGGCAGUGCUCUCGCUGUCCCCGAACAGACAUUAUGCAGCUGCUAGACCAGUGUCCCCAGCACCUACCUCCAGAACUCACAGUAUAAUAAACCCUACCUGUUUAUUUA